AUGUUACCUCUACUUCUCGGGGUGCUCGCAGGUGCUUCUGCCACUUUUGCAGCAGCAGCAACUCUACAACCUUUCCCCUUUACCGGGAUAGUCCUUGACCCGUUCCUCAAUAACAACGCUGCAUCUCCCGACGGCUCCGCCAAUUUUGACGACCAUGGUGGCAGUUACGAUAGUCGGUUCCUUCCGACAGGGCCUUUCACAUACGAUGGCAUCACGUACAACUUGCCCUCAAGCUGGGGUUCUGGCAAGAACGACAACGUUAUUGCGAUGACCCAAGUGAUACCCCUCGAUAAACCCACCUUCAUACAUGAGAUUCACUUCUUAUUCGUUACCGAUUCCAAUGGAGACGGUGUCUUUUCCUCCGACUCGACACUUAAUUUCCCAGACAACACUUCUGAGGUUCUCCAACUGCAAGCCAGAAAUUGGUGGUCAUGGCCAAUCAUCAACCUUGGAGCUAUUCAAACACCUUACAACUUCAUCAAUAACGGAGCGGAUAAGAAUUGGAACGGCACUCACAUCUACCAAUGGUCUACUUCAGUCACAUCCGAAAAGCAACUCGAAAGCCUAACUCUACCUGACCUAAAUCCUGAUCGGCGGUUGCACUUCUUCGGGAUCGCUUACUCUCCUGCCUCGAACCCAUCGAACCCUUCGGGACCUGCUCUUGCCAUUCGUAGAACGAGAUUCACAAAUCGAUGGGAGAAUGUAGGUGAUACGCGUGCACAGGUGGUGGAGGUCACUAUCGCAAAUUUGCUACCGAGUAAUGCGCUCUCAGCCAACAACUCCCUCAAUGCAAAGCAUACCAUUGAGAUCUCUGGAUCUGGUAUCAAGACUCUGACGCCUGGAAUAGUCAAUCGGUUGGUUCCCGGUGACCAAGUUCGAGUGGAUGUCCUGGUCUCUGGCGUUCAAGAUGGAACAAAUGCUUCCGUUGAGGUGAAAGACCAGAAUGGUCAAAGUUUGGGGGUUUCAGACGGAUGGGCAGCAAGUGCUUUGAUUCAGAAUUGGACGCCGGAUACCAAUGUUCUUACGAAACAUGAAACCCCGACAUGGUGGAACAACGCGAAAUACGGGAUCUUGCAAGACAGUAUUCACUGGGGUGUUUAUAGUGUUCCGGCCUGGUCACCUCCGAACUCAUACGCGGAAUGGUACAAUUGGUGGUUACACGAGGACCCUCAUGACACGGACAAUCCAACGUUCAAACAUCACUUGGAAACUUAUGGAGAGAACGUGGUUUAUGACGAUUUCAUUGCCAACUUCACUGCGGCCAAAUGGAAUGCGAGCGAAUGGCUCGACCUGUUCGAUCGGGCCGGAGCGAAGUAUUUUGUUCUAGUCACCAAACAUCAUGAUGGCUAUACUCUCUUCGACUCAGGCAACUCCACUCACCGAAGCAGUGUCUAUACCGGUCCGAAACGCGAUUUCGUAGCUGAACUUUUUGAAACGGCUGCAAGAGAAAAACCUCAUAUCCAUAGAGGAACGUUCAGCCCCGAUUAUGCCAAAUACGGCUUUAGCAGUUGGCCUGGGGGCUUGGCUCACAAUGUGUUCAACAUUUCCGAGCUGGAACCCUACACAGGAGAACUGGACAUUUCCGAUUAUCUUACCGAUAUUCAGCUGCCGCAUAUGCUUCAAUUAGCGAAUCAAUACGAGACAGAGAUCAUGUGGUGUGACAUUGGAGGACCCAACAAGACACUCGAUUUUGCGGCUCAAUUCUACACUGAAGCGUUUGCGAAGGGGCGACAGGUCACCAUAAACAAUCGAUGCGGAGCAGUGCCCGACUAUUCUACGCCAGAGUACACAUCAUUCAAUGCCAUUCAAGCCACCAGUUGGGAAUCUAAUGCGGGAAUGGAUCCGUUCAGUUACGGAUUCAACUCUGCUACCAAUGCAAGCCAGUACAAGAAUGGUACCACCCUAGUACGGACGCUGGUGGAUAUUGUGUCAAAGGGUGGAAACUUCCUCAUCGAUGUAGGGCCCACUGCGGAAGGAGAAAUCAUCGCCCCGAUGGCCAAUAACUUACUCGAUACAGGCGGUUGGCUUCAACACUCUGGAGGAUGCAUAUACGAUACCCACUACUGGUUCCAAGGCUCCCAAGAUACCGAUGUAGUACCAGGAGCUAAUGCUGCUCGUUUCACUACGACUCCAGACACAUUCUGCAUCGUCGUCUUUGAUCCACCAAGUGAUGGCCAACUUGUUGUUAACAAACGACUUCCGCUUCUUCCUGGAGAUGAGAUCAGGUUCCUCAGUACCACGCCUGGGAAUCCCUUACCAUGGACGAUGGAUGCAUCGACGGGUAAGGUGACUGUCGAUGUGACGGGGAGUGCUAGUGCGAUAAGACAAGUGCAGUUUGGAUGGGCGUUCCAAGUGAACUUUGAACUUGACGCAUAA